AUGAGUUAUGAAAAAGAGCAACGUAGGCUCCAACAAUUAUGGGACGAGAUAAUGCCGAACGAGGAGGAAGAUCCUUUCGCGGGGAAUGGAUCCUCAGAUGAUUAUUCACCAGAAAGUGAGACCGAUAGUGACAGCGAGAAAAAACCUGUAAAACGGCUUACAAAAAGGCCAAGGCGCGACAUGAAUGAUGUGGGGUCUAAGAAAGGAACGGACACACCUAGUGGGGAUGCGCCUGUUCCAAGCACAUCUGUUUUGGCAGGUGAGCCCGAGGUAGAUUAUCGAUCAAAUGCUGUUGACCAAACCAUAGAAGAGGUAAUACGGCAAAUCAUUGCCGAAGAAUCAUCAGACAGCGCAGAAGAGCUUCCAGAAGAUGAACAAGUGGGUGGAAUCCAAUCACUGCAUCAUCAGGUUGUCUUAGAUCUGAUGGAACCGCUUUUGAAUGUUGGUAGAACCUUAUACGUAGACAACUACUAUACCAGUGUCAAUCUCGCAAAUUUAUUACUAGAAAGAAAAACCCAUUUAAUUGGAACCCUUAGGAAUGGAAGAAAACAUAAUAGUAAAGAGACAGAACAAACAAAAAUUCGUAUAGGAGAAUGCAUUGCUAGAAUUAAAGAUCCUGGGAUCGUUAUGCUAAAGUGGAAAGACAAAAGGGAUGUUUUGGCACUUAGUAAAAAACAUCUAAAUGAAAUGAUAGCUAAACCAAGCCGAACAGAUCCUGAUAGAAAAGAUCAACAAAAAUCCUAUAAUACCCCCCUCAGGCGCGGUAUAAAGUGGUAUCACAAACUGGCAGUUGAGCUAUUGUUGGGAACUACACUACACAUUUUUGAAAAACAAACAUCCCUUGAGCCUACACCUCAACCAGAUCCACAAAUUGAUCGACAUGAACUAGAGCAAACUGGCAAGCGGUUGCGUUGUACAGUAUGCUACGAAAAAAUGACUGCAGAGUGUGGACGUGCAGAUAACUGUCUUAUUACGGAAUCUGCGUAUGCUGGUGCAGUAGUCAAUGUACAGGAUGUGCGAGCCCCUUUGCCUGAUACAGCUGUUGCUUCCAGCAACCACCCUGCAGAGGACCCUAUAGAAGUUGGAUUUAAUUUUGUACAAACAGAUCCAUCAGUAGUACUUCUUGAUACACCUCAUGACAUUACGAAUACGGAAGGAAAUUUCUCAGACGACUCGGAUAUUGAUCCUAUUUAUGUACCCGAAGAAACAACAGAUUCUGAUUCAUCUAUUGUGCCAUUUAUACCUCAUGAAACCAAAAACCGAAUUCAGGUGCCUAAAAAGCGUAAGAUAACGCCCAAAGAAAGGAAAGGCAGAAAACGUGUAAAAAAUACAAAUGAGUGGAUUGGUGUUCGAGCUAAGAAGGAAUUAAACUUGGGCAUCGAACAUAAAAACCGGAAAGGUACAAUUAUUCCCGCCAAACAGAUAAAGAAUCCAUGUAAAGAAAACUGCAGAAAUAAAUGUCGUCAAAAAAUAAGUGAGGAAGAGAGAAAAGCAUUGUUCGAGGAGUUUUGGAAAAUAGGUGAUCAUUCUAGACAAUGGGAUUACAUAGUUAGGUAUGUCAAAACAGUGGAGAAGAAGCACGUAAAACGGACAGAUAGCAAAUCAAGACGAAAUCAUUCUAGAACAUACCAGCUUCUUGUCAACAACAAGGUUUGUAAAACUAUGUUCCUGAACACCUAUGGAAUAUCAGAGCAGUGGGUGACGACUGCUCUAGGAAAAAUUGGAGAAACUGGCACUCUUGAAGAAGAUCGUCGAGGGAAGCACCUGACAAGACCAAAUAAAAUUGACGGAGGUGUCUUAAAUGGGAUAAGAGAGCACAUUCAACUCUUUCCUGUGGUGCCUUCCCACUAUACCAGGAAAAAAUCAACAAAGAUGUACUUAGAGGAUGGUCUCAACAUUUCAAUUAUGCAUCGCCUCUACUUAAAGUACAUGGAACAGAGAAAUGCUACAGAAGUAGGAACUUUAAGACAAUACAGAGAAGUUAUCAAUACCGAGUUCAAUUUAGCAUUCCAUAAACCAAAGAAGGACCAAUGCAGUCUCUGUGUAGCCUAUCAACUAGCAACUUCGCCAGAUAAGCAGAAAAUACAAGAGAAGUAUGAAAAACACGUUUCUAAUAAGAAAGCUGCUAGAGCUUUAAAAGAUGAAGAUAAAGAAACUGCAAUCAAUGACAAGACAAUUAGCGCAGCGUGCUUCGACUUACAAAAAGUUCUGGUGACACCCCAAUCUGCUGUAAGCGACUUCUAUUACAAAAGUAAACUCGCCACAUACAACUUUACCAUUUACGACAUGGGAAAUCAUGAAGGCUAUUGUUACGUUUGGCAUGAAAACCUCAAACCGGCUCGUUCUGUUUCACCACCUGUGAAGUAUACUGUUAAUUCACCCAUAAGGCAAAUAUAA